GCGCCUUCCGAAACCUUGUCUACAGCAGCAAUCACUAAACUCCCUUCACCCGCAACACCACCUAACCAACCCCCUCCUUCUCCACCUACAGCUGCCAUUUCGUCACCAGCCCGUACGGAAGGAAGCUUUAUGCCUCUACGAGAUACGACCCUCGUCGAUUUCCAACCUCCGACUACACAGCAUCACACCCCGGAUGAUUUGCCCUCCGAACAUUUACCCUCGGCAAAUUUACCUCACUCUACGAGUUUACACCAAGUAGAGGUAUAAGAAUAUAUGGAGAGGAGUGCGAUCGGGGAAACUAUCCCGAAGAUUUGCCCCGUCUUUGAUGGAUCAAUAAGGGAGGGCACGUCCUAAACCCCUAAAGGAGAAACCUUUACAACGGAGCUACCCGUUAUGAUAAAGUAGAGAAGUUUCGUUUUCUCUUGCUGUAACACUGAACCAGUGAGGGACUUCUUUUACUGGCCCGUCUAGGCUUCUACUGCUGUGGAGAGAACAGUUUAGACAAAACUGAUAGAGCAAAGCUAGGUUAGUUAGUUUUCCUGUAAAAACAUCGGGACAAUAAGGGAAGCUCUGGACCUAUAUACGGGAAAAUAUAUAAAAAUAUCCAAGUUAGUCUAAUUUAAUCCAAAUAAUAUCUACUGACCUUUAUGCUACUGACUGAUAGAUUUAUCCCUUUGACUUAUGGUGGUUUUAUGAAAGUCAUCUGUCUCGUUCUACAUUCGAAUGUGAAAACGGAAUCAGGAAUGUGAAGUCUUAUCGUUUUUAGAUAUCCCCCCGUAUAUAUUUGGAUGACAUCGCUGUUUCCCCAUACCCUGGUACGCGCACUCCCGUGGUUACCCCUUCUCAGUCAGAUCGACGUCACUCCCGCUCACCAAAUAGGCUGACGCCAAACCGAGCCUCUCCUCCUUUGACACGCUCUGCUCAACGAAGAAGGUUAGGCAUUUGUAUAACUUAAAAUGGCAAUAAAAGUUUCAUUUGGAAGAACUUUAAAAAUAAUAUAGAGAUCUUGAGCAAGCAACGGAUUAUUAUUCAUGAACACCGAGCAGAAGUAAAUCGAGCCGUUAUCACAGAAUAGAGAGCGUAUUGAAGGCCAACUCAGCUUAGAAAGCGUAACCGCCGUCACUCCAUGAUUCGCAGUGUAGCUUUUUCAAUAUUUUCAAUGCGGGGGGACGGGGGUCCAAAAUUAUGCACUGGCUAGGAACAUGGCGACAGCAUUGCACCGGUUACGAAAGCGCCAAUAUCAAAGGAGUAAACACAAAGUCGGACUUCUGUAUGUGUUUAUUCUGUGUCCGUGUUGUCAUAAAACGUCGCUUUUUUAACCUCGCUAAUAUGUGAAGAUCAUUUACAAUCCUUUUCUGUCAUUCUUCGUUUUAGUGAUAUUUGAGUUAUAAUUUCAUGUCCUAUACACACUAAAUAUGCUAAUGAAAGAAAAUAGAUAACAUUGACUAAAGCCUGACCCUAAAAUCACAGUUUUUCAACCGCUGCUGGUGAUCAGUGGUUAGGUCUGAAAAUGUGUGUAACUCGAAAAUUUCAUCUACAAAAACCAUGUACUAUUGACCAUAAAACAACCCUGGACCUGUUGUUCAAAGCCGUAUUAGUGCCAACUCUCGGUUAAAAUUUUACUUGCUGCUAGGGUUAAACUUUUCGGCUUUCGAACAACCUGCCCCUGAACCCUAACCGUGAUAAAAGUUUUUAAACAAGAGAGUUUUUAACAGGGUUCUUUUAGGUUCAGGCGGAAUAUUUUUCCCCUUUUGCUCAUUUAGUGUGUACAGGACAUGGAAUUAUAACCUAUUUUUUACCAUAAGCAGCAUUUAGUCCGCCAUGUUACCUGGGAUUUUGGUAACGUCACAAAAGGGGUAAACUUGUUAAAGCGAGGACUGCCUUUUUCCCAUAUUUUGUGAACGAACUAGAAAUGAAAAAGCCGGAAAAAUAACACAGAGCAGAGAACUUAAGUAAGCGACGUUUUUGACAACACGUACGUCAACCGGAAUUCAAGUAUUAGUCGGGCAGAUAGAAGGAAAACACUUACCAUAUCGUGGGACAAUUCCAUUUUGCCUUCAUAUUGUGCCCUGAAGGCUAGUAAGUACGUUUCUGUAUGUUGGCCGAGUUAAAAUUUCUUGUGGGCUCCUGCUGACACUUUUUUCUUCGAAUUUUGUAUUAAACUCUAUUACAGUUAAAAAAUGUGAAAUUUCAAGUACAUGUCUAACACAAAUGACUUACACCAUUUGAAAACUAGCAAAAAACUACAUAUAAGACAUUUAAACGGUUACCCGGGUUUUUCAAGUUCUUCUUUUGGCUUAUUUUUCACAUUUGAAACGGCAAUAACUCGAAAACCGCUUGAAAAUCCCAACUAACCAUUGAAAUGUCUAUAUGUAGUUUUUUGUUAGCUUUCUAUUGAUGCAAAUCAUUUGUAUUAGAAAUGUAUCAGAAAUUUUACAUUUUUAAACUGUAAUAGAGUUUAAUACAAAAUUCGAAGAAAAAAGUGUCGGCAGGAGCCCACAAGAAAUUUUAACUCGGCCAACAUACAGAAACGUACUUACUAGCCUUCAGGGCACAAUAUGAAGGCAAAAUGGAAUUGUCCCACGAUAAAGUAAGUUUUCCAUAAUUUUGAUCCUCUAUCUGCCUGACUAUAUAGGCAGGCGUUUGAAAUCACAAACGUGAAACUACUUUGACCGUUGUUCUUGAUUUCAAGCAAGAACGUAUUGAACCAAGAUAUUUCCAUGACAUCCAGUACUCGCUAUUUUCACGUAUGUAUGACGUAAUGCAAAUCAUAAUUAAGCAAUAUUUUUAACCAAUAUUUUGUCAAUUCCUAGAUCUGCGAAGCUCAGCACGCCACACCAAUCACCAACAGACAGCCCUAUAUCGUUUGUUACUCCGGUACGAAAAACAUCCCCUGGAAGAAAAUCACCCAGGCAAAGGAAAGCGGUGAAGUUGGCCACACAUAAUAUGACACUACGCGCUCGUGGUUGUCCAAACAAAACUACUAGAUGCGCUAGACUGCCGAACACAAACUAA